UAUUACGGAGGAACUAAAGCAGACCCCGGGGCCCCGAACUCAGGCAGUCAUUCAGUUAGUCAGUCAGUCGCAUGCGAGAGUCGCUAUCGGGCGGAGUACAGAAAAUCCGAAUCAAAAUCGGACACGGAAUCGGAAUUGCAGACGGAAUAGGAAUCGGAAUCACAGACGGUGGGAAAAAUGUGCUAGAGAAGAUGUGCGAGGUUAAUGCGACGACGACGUCCCAUAAAUCGCAGCGGAAUCAAAUGAGUUUUAUUCAAUCAACGAAGAAAGUCCGCCCACCAACGGAAGUGCUAUAUAUACUUGUGUAGUGUUGAGCGAAGACAUCCCAAAUAAACUAAGCGCAAAAGCCUUUUUCUACAAUGGGCAAGGAUCAGGAGUUCCUGGAGGCGGCGCGCAAUGGCAACAUCUCGCACAUCGAGAAGGUCCUUAGCCAGAAGGCCAAAAGGGCAGGACCACUGGCCAGUCUGCGCCGUGGCACUGGUGUGAAUGUCCAGGACAGUGGUGGCUACUCGGCCUUGCAUCAUGCCUGCCUCAAUGGGCACGAGGAUAUAGUGCGGCUGUUGCUGGCUCACGAGGCCUCGCCCAAUCUUCCAGACUCGCGGGGAUCUUCUCCGCUCCACUUGGCCGCCUGGGCAGGCGAAACGGAGAUUGUGCGCCUGCUGCUCACACAUCCGUAUCGACCGGCUAGUGCCAAUCUGCAGACAAUCGAGCAGGAAACUCCUCUGCACUGUGCCGCCCAACAUGGACACACGGGAGCCCUGGCCCUGCUGUUGCAUCACGAUGCGGAUCCCAAUAUGCGCAAUUCACGAGGAGAAACCCCUCUGGAUUUGGCCGCACAAUAUGGACGCCUGCAGGCGGUUCAAAUGCUGAUACGAGCCCAUCCGGAAUUGAUAGCCCAUCUGGGCACUGAGGCCUCGGAACGGGGUACACCAUCGCCCUCGUCGCCGGCAUCCCCAAGUAGAGCCAUUUUCCCCCACACUUGUCUGCAUCUGGCCAGUCGCAACGGCCACAAAAGCGUGGUGGAGGUCCUUUUGUCCGCCGGAGUCAGUGUAAACUUGCUAACUCCUUCGGGAACUGCUCUGCAUGAAGCAGCUCUUUGCGGCAAGGAGAACGUGGUGAGGACUCUUCUGAAAGCUGGCAUCAGUUUGGCGGCCACCGACAACGAAGGACGCACUGCUCUGGACAUUCUGCGCGAAUUUCCACCGCAUGUCACCAAGCACAUUGUGGCUGUGAUAAACAACUUCCGUAACCAAAUGGACACCGAUGAGGGCGACGAGGUGAUCUACAGGCAACACUCAGGGCCUCCAAACUCAGGUCGUGGCCAGAGCAAACAGCAUUCGCAGCAGCUGCAGCAGCCGCACAGCAAUCACUACCAUUUUAACUCCAACAAUCACUUGCUAAACCACUCGCACUCCAUGCAACAAUCCGGAUACAGUAAACAGCGGCUGAGUGCCGGAAACGGUGGUCCCUACAACGGAGGAAAGUCCUUGGACAGUGCCCUCCAGACAGAGGAUCGCUUUUACCAGGAUCUCAAUGCACACUCACCGCUGCAUAGUCAAAAUGACAUGGGUGGUGGUUACAGUGUAAGUCCUUCUUCAUCGCUGAGCAGCUUUGAGCCAGCCUCGGUGUCGCCCCGAUCCCGCUGCUCCACCGGCGGUCUCGGCCAACCCAUGCAGAUGAGCACCUUCGCCCCGGCCGGACCGCCCAAGAAGCCGCCGAGGCGCAACCUCUCCGUUUCGCCCACUCACGCCGGCUCUGGCCAGCAGUUCAGCUACAGCUCGCCAUCCAGUCAGAGCCAGAGUCAAAGCCACGGAUACGGCCAUGGCCAGAACCAAGUGCGCCGCCAGCCGACCAGCGAUAGUCCGUACUCGCAUCAGAGUCAUGGCAGUGUUGGCGGCAUGAGCUUCGAUGAGACACAGUUGCGGGAACGGCAGCGGAACGAUCGCCUUUAUGCCAGUGCUAGGCAGAGUACCCGAUCCGCCAUUGCCGGCGGAAUGAGCCUCAGUUCCAGUAAUGACAUGUUGGACCGCCAGUGCAGCAGCUCGGAACUAAACAGUGAGACGAGUGUGCUCAAUUCUAGCGGAGAUUCCCCGGCCACCAACUCCAUGAAGCGCCCCAUCCCAGCUCCUCGAAGUGCCACCACCAAGCUAUCCAAGGAACUGCUCAAAUCAGCAGAAAAUGCCACCCUCAAGUCGUACAACCCGAAUCGAAAACUUAAGCGCAAUCGGAACAGCAGUGGUGCUAAUGUGGCUGCCAAAUCCAACGGCGGCGAUGAGAACUGCGAGGCCAAGCAGCAGAUCCCCAGCAGCCCCACCCACUACAAGCAGCCGCCGACGCCGGACCAUCCGCCGCCGAGCUCCAGCCAAGCGGAGCGCACCAUCCACGAGCGUAUCCGACCGCUCAGCCAAGAGUACAAGCGCCGGUCCGCCCUGCUCCAACUGCAGGCGGCCCAACAGCUGAUGAUCGAGACGGGCUCGUCGCCAUCGAAACUGCUGCCCACGCUGAGUACGCCGGGCUACGACUACGACGACACGGUUACGGUGGUGCCCCGUUGUCCGGCUCCCUCCUCUGGAUCCCUGAGCUCCAGCAUCUCGUGCUCGGACCACAGCCUCUCCCACUCCACGGACUAUGUGGAAGAGUUUGUCAGCGAUGUGCCCUUCGCCGGCCUGCUGAAGGGUGCCUCCCAGCUGGUCAAGGAGCCGAGCGAGGUGCAGCUGAAAAUCCAGGAGGAGGCCAAGCCGCAGCAAACUCUGCCCAGAGUGCGUCCGCCCAUUCCCACCAAGCCGUCGGUGCCGGAGAGGAAAUUCGUCAAGCCGCCGACAACGCCAACCAGUCAGCCGGUGGAGCCCAAUGGAAAUUCCUCUGGGGAAAUAGCAAUUAAGCCGCCAAGAUCACCCUCUAAGUCGCCCAACAAAUCACCUGGCAAAUCGCCAGCCAAAUCUCCUGCAAAGUCGCCCGGAAGUGGCCAUUCGACAGCUCGGAACUCCAUAAACCUUCUGAGUCCCUUUAACGCUGAAGAGGCGCGAAAGAAGAUCUCCGAGAUAAUAGAGAAUUUCGGGAGUGGAAUCCUCAAUACCAGUAUCACGCCCACCCACGACAUCGAGCUGGACUUUGAGGACAUGGAGGUGCCCAACGAGCGAAGGGAAUUGGCCACUCGCCUCCGAACCGCCGGUUUACUUCAUCUGGAACGGAUGCUGUUCGAGAAUGGCUAUGAUAACUACAAGUUUGUGCACAAUGUGUUUGAGGAGCCGGAUAUUCCGCUGCUGCACAUUCCAGAGCGGGAUGCGCCCAAGCUAUUGCGUUUUGUCCAGAGUUUGCCACCGGCGGAGUUCCAGCCGCAAGUGCCGCUCAAGACACAGCAGGAGAACAAGGUAAAGGGAGUGGCCACGCUGCAGCAGUGGCUCAGUACCAUCGCCUUGCCGGAGUACCUGGAGUUCUUUAACAAGCAUCUUUACAAUACCAUUGAGAGCGUGUGCGGGGUGUGGGAUGUGGAGCUACAGACGGUGCUGGAGAUCAACAAGCUGGGCCACCGAAGGCGCAUUCUGCAAUCGCUGGCCUUCAUACGACAGAUGCGUGACAGCGACUCCAAAUCACAGAAGACGCCGCUGGGCGAGAAUAAUGAAACCAAUCAAAUUACAACGAACGGCAACGGAACGAUCAGGGAGGCUCCACCAAGGAUUCCUGCCAAUCUAGUAAAUCACCGCAACUCCAUUACGGGCUAUCGCAAGAGUCGACCCGCACCACCACCACCGGCUCCACCAGCCAGAAAGGUAGCAGCUUUGCAAAUACGGGCUCCUUCGGAGCUGCUGCUCGGCCUCCCGGCCAAUCUACGGACCACCGAAUGGCGCCACUCGGCGCUGACUUUGCUCAACGAGCGCAUCAAUUACGAGGUUCAAUACCUCGGCUCAACGGUUGUGAAAGAACUACGUGGCACAGAGUCCACCAAGAAGUCCAUACAAAAGCUGAAGUCCUCAGCCGAAGGGGAAGGGAAAUCGGGGUCACCACUCUCGCUGGGCAUUUGUCAUCGAGGUGUGGAGUUUAUCGACGUAAGCAGUAAGCGAACUAUUUGCGAACACGAGAUUCAGAAUAUCAAUUGCGCUUGCCAGGACUCGGAGGACCUGCGUCAUUUUGCCUAUAUAACCAAGGAGCAGGACCUGCACUACUGCCAUGUAUUCCUGGUACAAAGCACAGAUCUGGCCAGCGAAAUAAUCCUGACUCUGGGCCAAGCCUUCGAGGUGGCCUAUCAACUGGCGCUGCGCGAUGGAAUCUCCACCACGCCGGCUCUGCUCCUGGACAAUGGAAUGCUGCAGGGCGAGUAUUGUGGCGGGAAAUAGAGCCAGGACCUGGCCCCAGGAAAGCAAACACCGCCGACACCACCGGCACCACUCAGGCCAGGUCACAGUCUCAGUCGCAGUCACAGUCACAGUCGCAGUCACAGUCGGAGUCGCAGCCUAUGCGCCAAACUAUUUUGUCUCACCAGUUAUGGGGCUCUGUUCAAGUUGUAGUUAGAAGGAAUUUUUGUAAGGCAACUAGUAGUUUGUAGUCCUUGCGCAUUUGACUUUUAUACGAGUGGGGGUUUUUAUAUUAAUUUAACUAUAUUCGAAUGGCCAAAGAACAAAAACUACAAGCGAAACGAACAAAAAGACUCACAAUCAACAAAAGGCACAAUUUUUUCCAACUAAGAAAAAUGCACCAAACAAAUAAGAAGGCUUUAUUAGAGCUCACACCUUCCAAGUAUGACAGAAAGCUUUCCGUUUCAAUCGACUUAAUUAUUAGAUCAUUUUGCAAGGAAAGGAAUUAACAUUAGACAAUUUUCCAGGGGUAACAAUUGCAUCCCUAUUCCAAAAAACAUAUUGAGGUAUUGCAUUUAUGUGACAAAAAUACUAAAUCAUGCUUGAUGAUAUAAACCAAUGGUAAAUGAAAAUGUUUUAGCAAAUUUUAACAGAUAAACAAAAGAAUGGAAAAACACGUUUGGCGUACGAGCGAAGAAAUUAAAAUAUAUUGGCUUAUUACAAAAUUUUAUUAAUGUUGAACGCUAAAAGCAAAGAUUUGAAUUAAUGCAAAAGAGCAGUGCAAAAUCAUAUCCCGCAUUCAUGAAGAUCUAUAUACCUAUUGGCUAACCACAUUUACUACAUAUUAUACAUAUAUACAUACGACUAACUCUAAUUAUAAUAUGUAUGCGUGUUGUUAUAUAAUUUUUAAUUGAACAUUAAGCGAAUCGAAUCAAAUCAAAGGACAGACAACGCAUCAAGUUAUAAGCAAAUAAAUGCUUACAAAAUCGUGAAAAUGAAUUGACUACAUCGACGUGACGAGUCAGUUUAAAUAUUUUUUUGAUAUUUUACGAAUUUUAAAAAUGUCUUUUACCUAGUCCCUUAGUAAGCACUUAUCAAAUCAUAUGUGUAUUUGCAUUUAGUCGAGUGUUAAAUGUUUUUUGUUUAAGGCCAGGCCUUGUUGUUAUAGCUUUUAUUUUGACUUGGUUUACGUAGAACAUUUGAUUGAGUUUAAACUCUUAACGAGGCGUAUUCUCGACCCUUCUCUAUUUAUGUAUCCGAACGCUUUAAAUGUUAGCCUGCUUGUGGUACAACAGAUUCCAUUAAGUACCUACCUACUCAAUACAAAUCGAAGAUAAUUACAAAUUAAACUCAUCUUAAUCCAUUUUCUCUGGGCAGCAGUUUGUUAUGCCAUAGACACGCACACGGAAAAUAAAUCAAUUUUAUUAAACUAUAUAUACAAAGUCGUACUCAACCAGCCUAGCCCAUAACUAAUGAAAUUUAAUAAAACCAAUAUAUACGGCGGAUUGCAAAGUUGUGACAACACAAACUCAACAUUUUUAAGUGUUUAUCCAAAGAA